CUAAAAAUGGGAGAGAUCGUUUUACCAGUUUCCAGCCCCUCAACAACUGUAUGUGUGAUUGGUGCCGGUGGCUUCAUCGGUUCAUGGCUUGUCAAGCUUCUCUUAGAGAAAGGUUAUACUGUUAGAGGAACGGUGAGAAGCCCAGAAGACCCUAAGAAUUCUUAUUUGAUGGAGCUCAGUGGGGCUAAAGAACGACUAAUUCUCUUCAAGGCAGAUGUUCUUGAUUAUGAGACCCUUCCCAAUGUCAUGAAGGGAUGUGAUGCUGUAUUCCACACUGCUUGUCCUCUCACUAACAACGUUGAACAAGUGCUUGAUCCAGCAGUGACUGGAACAAUAAAUAUAGUGAAUGCUGCAGUAGAAGCCAAGGUUGGCCGCUUGGUUUUGACAUCUUCAAUUGGAGCAGUUCACAUGAACCCCAACAGGGACUUUGAAGUUGUGGAUGAGACAUGCUGGAGCGACCUUGAUUUUUGCAAGAACACUCAGAACUGGUACUGUUACGCAAAGACAGUAGGAGAGAAGGCUGCAUGGAAGGAGGCAACAGAGAAGGGUUUGGACUUGGUGGUUGUGAUACCCUCAGUGGUUUUAGGCCCAUCACUUCAGCCCACUCUAAAUGCUAGUGCUAUUCACAUACUCAAAAUGGUUAAUGGAACUCAUAAAACCUACCUCAACACAGUACAAGGUUAUGUGCAUGUGAAGGAUGUGGCCAUGGCUCACAUACUUGUGUACGAGACACCGGCGGCAUCGGGCCGGUACCUCUGUACCGAGAAUAUAGUUCACCGUGGCGACAUCGCCAAAUUACUCACCGAGUUGUUCCCUGAUUAUCCUAUUCCAAGCAAGUGCUCAGAUGAAGUGAAUCCAAGGGCCAUACCUUACAAGUUCUCAAACCAGAGGCUUAAGGACUUGGGGCUUAAUUUCAUACCAGUGAAACAAUGUCUUUAUGAGACAGUCAAGAACUUCCAGGAGAAUGGUUACCUUUCUUUUUCUCAACAUUGAUAAGAUCCUUUCACAUAAUCCAUUGUCAAUCAGGACAAACACAUGAUCCAUAUAUAUAUAUAUAUAUUUGUGAGACCAAAUCCAAAUGGGCUUUGGAUAAAUUAGGUCUACAAUUCA